GGGACACUUCCCCGAGAAUAGUUAACGCUUCUUUUUUUGUACUAAAUCUUUAACAGUGCCGGGCGGGAUCGACGUUUUAAGAUGUCUAAAAUCCAGAUGCUGAGAGCGCUGAUAAACGAGAGACUGACGGCAGCCGCGAAGGAGAUUUUCGACGUGUUUGGGAGCGCCAUCGCCGAGUACGAGGAGGAGUUGAGCCGCUCGAAACUGGAGAUCGAGCGGCAGCGCAGGUUGUUGGAGCUUUCUCGCAAACCGGAGAUCUCCUUGGAAAGCACAGCUCCUCUACAGCAGGAGUGGAGCUCGGCGGCGGAGGACGAGGACCCGUGGCCUCCACACAUUAAGGAGGAACCGGAGGAGCUGUGGAGGAGCCGCAUGGCACUGCGGCCUCGAGGCUUGGAUGAGGAAGACGUCCUGAAGUUCACGUUCUUCCAGACGACAGAGCAGAACCCUCAGCAAACCCCUCUGCCUCUCUCGGGCUUCCCGCAAGCGGAGAAGAAAACGCAGAACCUCCGGCCGCAGACCCACACCGAGCCGGAUGACACGGGGUCGGAAGCGCCUUGUAACGGCCAGCCGAUGUCCUCGGGCUGGCCGACGACGGGAACGCCGCCUCCCAUGGGGCUGGAAGCGGCGGCGGAGGACGCGUACAUCUGCAGCGUUUGCGGCAAAGUGUUCAGCCAGCGCGGCCACUGGUCCAGACACAUGCGGCUGCACCGGCUGGGCGGGCGCACCGCGGACAGGUCUUACCGCUGCAACAUCUGCGGUAAAAGACUGAGCCGGAUGGACGGCUUCCAGAAACACCUGAGGGUCCACACGGGCGAGAAGCCAUACUGCUGCAGCCUCUGCGGCAAGAGAUUCAGCGACAACUCCAACUACAAGAGACACAUCCGCACCCACACGGGUGGAAAUUCAGGCAACCGGCCGGCCCGGGGACGAGGCGCGCGGACAGAACCGGAACACGGAGCCGCCUGCGUCCUCUAGCAGGAAGCUGAUUGGUUGUCACGGCGGAAGCGUCGCAUCAUGUGACUUCCUGUUGGCGGGGAGAUUUGAACAGAGUGACAGGACAUUAACGCGUGUAAUUGGUUUGGCUGUUGGCAACCCUGUUUUGUUUUGAAAUCUUCUAUAAUGAUGUAUUAAUGAUAUAUUAUGUCUGUCCACACAAUCUGGUAGACGGACUUUUCACUGAGGCGUUGGACAUG